GAAGUCCCGCUCACUUCUGCUUUCCACCAGUACCUUUGCAUCCCCGAAUUUUGGGUAUUAGAUUGGGGAGUACAUUUCCCCUGGGAAGUUAAAGUCUUAAGGCUGGUAACUACCGAAAGCUGUAGAGCCAGCAGGUUUAUUCUUGGCCACCUUUGGAGGAGAGUUUCCUCAGCAGUGAUACGUUAUUGACACGUAAACCAAAAGCAUACUGUAAAGUGAAACAGCUACUUGGUGAACGGCAGAUUGUAACGGCUGUCCGUGUAUACAUGGCUUUAAAAUGUGGGGAAAAAAUUAUUUACGUUUUUCGUUUCAGGCCGGAUGGAAGGAAAACCAUGCAACGUUUAUGAAUGAACUGAAAAACCUUCAGGCUGAAGGACUUACGACUCUUGGCCAAUCCCUAAGGACAGCUUUUGAUUUAUUAAAUUUAAAUAGAUUAGUAACUGGCAUAGACAACUAUGGGCAGGGAAGAAAUCCUUUUUUUUUGGAGCCAGCAAUAAUUAUUACAAUUACUGAUGGGAGCAAGCUGACUACUACCAGUGGAGUCCAAGAUGAGCUCCAUUUACCUCUUAAUUCUCCUUUGCCUGGAAGUGAAUUGACCAAGGAACCUUUUCGUUGGGAUCAGAGACUCUUUGCAUUAGUGUUGCGGUUGCCUGGCACGAUGUCGGUAGAAUCAGAGCAGUUGACAGGUGUGCCUUUAGAUGACUCUGCAAUCACACCAAUGUGUGAAGUGACAGGGGGCCGCUCGUACUCUGUAUGUUCUCCAAGAAUGCUUAAUCAGUGUCUGGAGUCCUUGGUGCAGAAAGUGCAAAGUGGGGUAGUAAUUAACUUUGAAAAAGCAGGACCAGAUCCUUCCCCUGUAGAAGAUGGGCAGCCAGAUAUAUCAAGGCCUUUUGGAUCUCAGCCUUGGCAUAGCUGUCACAAACUCAUAUAUGUCAGACCAAAUCCUAAAACUGGGGUUCCUAUAGGUCAUUGGCCUGUUCCAGAAUCUUUUUGGCCAGAUCAGAAUUCUCCAACACUACCGCCUCGUACAUCUCAUCCUGUAGUGAAGUUUUCCUGUACAGACUGUGAACCGAUGGUUAUUGACAAAUUGCCUUUUGACAAAUACGAGUUGGAACCUUCACCUCUGACUCAAUUUAUCCUGGAAAGGAAAUCUCCUCAAACAUGUUGGCAGGUAUAUGUGAGCAAUAGUGCAAAAUAUAGUGAACUUGGCCACCCCUUUGGUUACUUGAAAGCCAGUACAGCACUGAAUUGUGUCAACUUAUUUGUGAUGCCUUAUAAUUACCCAGUCCUCCUUCCCCUUUUAGAUGACUUGUUUAAAGUACAUAAAGCAAAACCAACAUUGAAAUGGAGACAGUCAUUUGAAAGUUAUUUGAAGACAAUGCCUCCGUACUAUCUUGGGCCUUUGAAGAAAGCUGUUAGAAUGAUGGGAGCACCUAACCUAAUAGCAGACAGUAUGGAAUAUGGACUUAGUUACAGUGUCAUUUCAUACCUCAAAAAGUUGAGUCAACAGGCCAAAAUAGAAUCUGAUCGAGUCAUCGGUUCUGUAGGCAAAAAAGUAGUACAAGAAACUGGAAUUAAAGUCCGAAGCCGAUCACAUGGUUUAUCAAUGGCUUAUAGGAAAGAUUUUCAACAACUGCUCCAGGGAAUUUCAGAGGAUGUUCCUCACAGACUGCUAGACCUUAAUAUGAAAGAAUACACUGGGUUCCAAGUUGCUUUGCUCAAUAAGGAUUUGAAGCCACAGACAUUUAGAAAUGCGUAUGACAUACCAAGACGGAAUCUUUUGGAUCACUUAACAAGAAUGAGAUCUAAUCUUUUGAAGAGCACCCGCCGAUUUCUUAAAGGACAGGAUGAAGAUCAAGUGCACAGUGUUCCUAUAGCACAAAUGGGGAACUACCAGGAAUACCUCAAGCAAGUACCUUCUCCGCUAAGAGAACUUGAUCCUGAUCAGCCUCGAAGGUUGCAUACCUUUGGCAACCCGUUUAAGCUGGAUAAGAAGGGUAUGAUGAUAGAUGAGGCAGAUGAAUUUGUGGCUGGACCUCAAAAUAAACAUAAACGACCUGGAGAACCAAAUAUGCAAGGCAUCCCUAAAAGACGUCGCUGUAUGUCUCCACUGCUAAGAGGCAGACAACAGAAUCCAGUUGUGAACAAUCAUAUUGGAGGAAAAGGACCACCUGUACCUAUGACUCAAGCACAGCCAGAUCUUAUUAAACCCCUUCCUCUUCAUAAAAUUUCAGAAGCCACUAAUGAUUCGACAAUAGAUGAUGUGGUUGAAAAUCAUGUUGCAGACCAGCUUUCAUCAGAUACUACACCAAAUGCUAUGGAUACUGAAUUUUCAACAUCUGCAGCCAGUUUACUGGAACGACCAACCAAUCACACAGAGGCUCUUGGUCAUGAUCAUUUAGGAACCAAUGACCUCGCUGUUGGUGGAUUUUUAGAAAAUCAUGAGGAGCCAAGAGAUAAAGAACAAUGUCCUGAGGAGAAUAUACCAGCAUCUUCACUAAACAAAGGAAAGAAAUUGAUGCAUUGCAGAAGCCAUGAAGAGGUCAACACUGAACUAAAAGCACAAAUAAUGAAAGAGAUCCGAAAGCCAGGAAGAAAAUAUGAAAGAAUCUUCACUUUACUGAAGCAUGUGCAAGGCAGUUUACAAACAAGACUAAUAUUUUUACAAAAUGUCAUUAAAGAAGCAUCAAGGUUUAAAAAACGAAUGCUAAUAGAACAACUGGAGAACUUCUUGGAUGAAAUUCAUCGAAGAGCCAAUCAGAUCAACCAUAUUAAUAGCAAUUAAAAGAAAACAGAAUGUGGCCACUUAUUUCACUACCUUCUCCAAAUACAAAGUAAAUACAAGACUGUUGUGAUCUUGCAUUCAUUUUUUGACAUGCAUUGUUGGCUUUUUGAAAUACUAAGAGCAAGUCUACAGAUCCUUUUUCCAUCAUUUUACAGUGACCUUUUCUUCAUUUUGGUUUAUUUUUGUAAUGUGAGAAGUAUCACUCUAAAAAAACAUUUUUAUUUAACAAACUAAAAAUACUCCUCCAAAUCUCUUGCUUGUCAUUGACUCUUGCGUGUCAAUUUCCCUCAGGUUCUAUUUUCUUAAACCAACCUUUAAAAUUGUCACCUCUGUUAAGGUUGAACUUUGCCAAAAAAUUAAAAAGUUACUUUGUAAUUUUUGGGGAAAAAAGCACAUACAUUAAAACUAGGCAAUGUUUUGUAUAUACAGUUAUUUUGGAUAUAUUAUUGUAAGUUGUACAAAUGUAUUUUGAAGAAUAUUUAAGAAAAGCACUUUUGUUAUUCCAUCAAUAAAUGCUCUAUUUUACUCUUGUGUGGUUUAGGAAAUAAUCACAUUUAAAGUGACCAUUUAAAACCAUCUUAAGAUAAUGGAAUUUUAAGGCCUUGCUUUUCAGCAUUGGAAAAAUACACCACUUGAAGUUCACAUUUGUUAAAGCUAACUGUAAUUACAUGUUACAUAAUCUGCAUUGUCUUUUUACUCUAUGUUCUUAGAUUUUGUUGGCCACCCCAGCAUACUCCAUUUCUGCCUGGAUCAUUCAAACGACGGUGUCUGCGGCAGAUAUAGGCAGGCUCUUUAAAGCUGUUUAAAAGCAGACCUUGGGACUUUAUUGGUUUCCUUACUUACUUCCCUUCAACCCCUUUUGCUUUCUCACUAGGACUGUGGACGGCACCAGGUGAAGCUGUCAGUUAGGGGUUGAAAGUUUGGGGUCCACCACCUUUUCUGAACUGUCUGGCGUUUAGCAGCUUGAUGCCGGGCUUACGAGUCCCUCAGCGGACUGAGGGCUCAAAGGGGAUCUGCUCUUCUCACACUUAACUCUCCAUUUUAUUUAGAAGCUAAAUGGAAAGCAAACACAUUUAAAAUGACUUUGCUCAUUUUGCAUUCUCCCUAGUUACCCAGGAUAAGGGAAAAUGAGCACUCUUCAUUGUCCACCCUCAGUCCAGCACGGCCUCACAUGUCCUUACUGACACGUGACCCUAUGACCCGACUCACUCACCAUUCAUAGCUCACUGCUGUGCCUUGUAGUGCUUUUGGGGUAACCAGUAGAAAAGGUUAAAAAAUACAUUUAGAUUAAAAGAGGGUGAAAUAAAUUUAUAAAAUUAUAGUAAAAUUGAAGUAUUUUUAGGUUCAUAAUAUUUGAAAAUCACAUACCCUUAUCUUUUUACACUUUAGCAGAACAUUUUUAAAAUUUCAAGGGUAUAGCAAAUGAAAUUGUAACUUUUUAUGAAGAAAAGCGUAGAUGAGGGUGGAGUACAUGCUUGUGAUCUGUUCAUUUAGUUUAGGGGACUUGAAACUCUCCCAAUACUGAAGACAAACCCUGUUAAGAAAAAGAAGCAUUUAAUGUAACGUUAUAUAGUAUUUUCAUACGUAAUUCUUGAAAUCAGUUUUUGCCUCUGCAAAAUACCUUUAAGAGGAUAUCAUUUAAUAAAUGGGACUGUUAAGGUAACUAACUACAGUCACAUUGCUAAAUUCAACAACAGAUACACAAAAUCCAGAAUAUACUGUCUGGUCUUAAAUGAUAUGUUUAGAUUCUGAGAUUUAACAGGAGGGUUACAAAUCAUUCAGAUAAAAGUUCAUCCUUAACAAGAAUACUUAGGAAAGGGACUCUGUUCCAAUAUUUAGCAUCUUCCCUUAUCAGAAAGUUACUUCUGUUUCACAGGUUGCUCAAGAAGUACUAAUCAUUUAGACCCUUGACAUUUAAUACAUUUGGGGGGUGACCCCUAGAGGGAGUUGGAGAGAAACAGUUUAUUCAUCUCUUUCUGUCCUUAAUCUCUGCCACCAAACUCUGUACCUUCAUCCCAAAACCUAGUCACAAGCUUUGAAACCUAUCAAAACUCAAGCUUAAUACCCCAUCUCUUGCAGGUUUCUUACAUUUUAAGAAGCUGGGCAUAUUAAAUUAGGGAAAUACUUACUGCAGAAUUCUUGUAAGUAAAGGGGAGGUGUGGAGUACAUGUGAGGGGAGUGAGGGGAAUAAUCAAGUCUUCUGCCCCUUUUAGUUCACUGGAUGACUUUAGGCUGGACAAAUGAUGUUCUCGAACAGUUUAACUUGAGGUUAAGAUCAUUUUUUUGUUGUUGUUAAUGUUCUCGUAUGUGUCCCAUUUGCAAUUGAUUGAUUAUUUGCCCUUAUCAGUAAGCUUUGUCAGUUUGGUGUACUGAAGGCCAGGCCUCAUUUCUGUCUCUUCAGUACUCCUGUUCCCCGAAGAGAAGCCACUUUGGCUUGUGUGAUGUGGGCAAGUACCUCCCAGAGAGAGAGGUAAAUAAAUUAACAAGGACUAUAUUUAGAUGUGCCGUGGAUUAAGGACUGGUGUCAGAUUAUAUUUUCAUUCUGUUUACUAAGGUGGUUCUGAAAAUUCUUAAAUCAUGGAAAUAGUGAUAUGUCCUUUACUAGUUUGUUCUAAGAUUUUACAUCAUUUUUGUGCAGUUGAAUUCCAGAAGAAAAACUGUUCUCUUUUAACUGUCAUCAACCUUUGUUGGCUAUCAGCUUUUGACAGUGACCCUUCUGUUCAAGUUUAGUCCUGUCUCUUUGUUUCUUGAGGGAGUAGAACCUGUCAUUUUUUCCCCAUCUUUCAUUUUUUGACUUGUAUCCUUUGUAAGAGAAGGCUCUCUGUUCCUGAUUCUGAGUGAUAAGUGACAUUUUCAUCUAAUAAAUAUGGGGUUGGGAGGAUCCUGGUGAAAUUCUAGGAGGAUAUAUUCUGUUAAUGGACUUUUUCUCCCCAAAUAACCCCCAAAUAGACUAUUUCCUAGUGAAUGAUUAUCUUCAUCCUUUUUGUCACAAGUGUUCCUUUGAUUUCUAGCACAAGUUACAGCAGUAUGCAAAUGAUUCUCAGAUAAAAUGAUGUUGACAGUAUUUCCUUAACAAUUUGUGUAAAACCUAUGCGUAAUUUUCAUUAUUCUAACUUUUGACUUUUUCUCUCCAUAAAUAAAAAUAAUGCCUGAUGUUUAGUUAAA